UGCUCCUUAAACACAUCAGGUGACUAUGGACAGAAGCGUAGUAUUAGCAGCUUUAGUUGCAUUAUUGAUCUAUCCAGUAAUCCUGGUGAUCCAGGCGUGGAUGAGAAGACGUAAAUUCAUCGAAUUAGUCGAAAGACUACCAGGACCGAAAGCGAAGCCUCUGGUCGGAAACACUAUGGAUUUUAGAGUUCCAAGAGAAGAAGUGUUCAAAGUUUUUGCCAAAAGAAUCAAAGAAAACGGUCCAUUAUUUAGAGUUUGGGCUGGACCAAUUCCUGUCGUAAUUAUCAGAAAGGCUGAAUAUUUAGAGACCAUAAUGUCAUCUUCAAAGUACAUCGACAAGUCGUAUGGAUAUAAAUUUUUGCAUCCAUGGUUAGGCCUGGGUUUAUUGACAUCUUCAGGUUCGAAAUGGUUAAACAGGAGAAAAGUCCUAACUCCAGCGUUCCAUUUUGGCACUCUCGAAGGCUUUUUCGACAACAUCCAAGUGCAGGCUCGAAUUCUUGUCAAACUGUUGAAGAAGCAUGCAGUGGACGGUGAAGAAUUUAAUGUGUAUCCAUAUAUUACGAGAGCUGCUUUAGAUAUUAUAUGCGAGACCGCUAUGGGUGUUUCGGUUGGCGCUCAAGAAGAUGAAAACAACUCUUAUGUCAGAGCCAUUUCAGAUGUUGCUACCUUGUUGACACGACGAUUCCUCUCGCCUUGGUUAUUCCCAGACUUCAGUUUCAAAAUCUCCAGUCAAGGGCAACAGUUUUUCAAACAACUUCAAGUAUUACAUGGAUUCACUCAUAAGGUGAUAGCAGAGCGCAAAGAAAGCCGCAAAAAUGCCGGAACCCAAGUAGAAACCGAAGAUAUUCCCGGUGUUAAAAAGAGGCGUCCUUUCCUAGAUUUAUUAUUGGAUUUGCAAGAGCAAGGAGGUGGUCUUACCGAUCAAGAUUUGCGGGAAGAAGUGGAUACAUUUAUGUUUGAGGGUCAUGACACGACGACUUCAGGUAUCUGUUGGACAUUGCACGUAUUAGGAUUACAUCCUGAUGUACAGAAAAAAGUUCAUGAAGAACUGGACGAAGUUCUCGGUCCCGUGACUGAUGAACUGAUCACCACUCGAGAGUUGUCCCAACUGCGAUACUUGGAAAUGGUCAUAAAGGAAAGCAUGCGUCUGUAUCCCCCAGUGCCUGGAAUUAGCAGAGAGAUUACUGAAGAUGUUAAAGUUGGUGAGCACCUGAUACCAGCAGGUUGCAUGAUUCAGAUGUCGUUGUUCUAUUUGCACAGAGACCCGGAUCACUUUCCGGACCCACUGAAAUUUGACCCUGACAGAUUCACGCCGGAGGCGUCUCGAGGCAGACACCCAUACGCCUACGCCCCGUUCAGCGCCGGACCAAGGAACUGUAUCGGUCAGAAAUUUGCUCUGAUGGAGGAAAAAGCUGUUCUGGCCACCGUGUUACGUGAAUAUGUAGUAACGACGUUAAAACCUCAGGAAACUUUAUGUGCCGAACUUAUAUUACGCCCUCCCGACGGCAUGCGCAUCAAAUUGCAACAACGCCAUACGGAACGCUAAAAUCCAAAUUGCUCAUUUAAAACUAUCUCCAAAUACAUUUACAUUAGUUAGACUGCAUAAUAUUGUUAGGCAGUCAGUUAGUCCAUAAGUUUCUUCAUUGAAGCCAUUAUUUAAAUCGCGUAAGAGUAAGUUCACAUAGAAUUAUUUUAAUUAAUUAAA